AUGUCGUUCCACCUGUCUGACUGCUCGUGCACGCCCCUCGCUCGCGUUCACCUCAACUGAGACCAAGCGUCAGUCCUGAGAAACAUCAUGACGCGACACUUUUUCUUCUUCAUCCUCAUUAUCCCAAACUUCGAGAUUUUCGCAGUCCAGUACACAGACCAGACUUCACAUUUGAAGAAGUAUGAUGUGGUCAAACCUCAGCUGGUUCAUGAGCGCUGGAGGAGGCAUGCAGACCCCUCACACACACCUGCACAGGAUAGACAUGCUGAUAGCAUUACAUACUCCGUCAGGAUUGACGGUCAUGAACGUGUGCUGCAUCUGACAAAGAACACACAUUUUUUAUCGAAGAACUUUGUUGUGUUGUCUCAUGAUGUACUGGGGAAAGGGAAAGUACACCCAGAAACACUGGAAAAUUGUUACUAUCAAGGACAUGUGGAGGAUUAUGAAGACUCUCUCGUAGCUCUCAGUACCUGUGAAGGUCUCAGGGGGAUCAUUUUCAUUGGUAAUGAUGGCUAUGGACUGGAACCCAUCUUGGACUCAAAUGACAAUGAUCACAUCCUCUUCCUGUUGAAGGACAGUCUGUCAGAGCCAUUUGUUUGUGGACUGGCCAAUGAAACCAGCGAGGACCACUCCCAUUCCGCUGACAUGUCUAUGUUUUUACGGAAAAAACGAAACCUACCUCAGACCAAAUAUGUGGAGUUGGCAUUAGUAGUGGACUACCAAAGGUUCGUCUUUAAGAACCAAGAUAAAACUGCCGUGCGUAACGAGAUGGUCCAGUUGGCUAACUUGCUGGAUACGUACUACAAACAGCUGAAUAUUCGGAUAGCACUGAUUGGCAUGACGAUUUUUGACAAAGAAAACCCGUUUAGUGUGGAAGGCAAUGCUGGGGAAGUGUUGGGCAACUUUGUGCAGUGGAGAAAGACAUAUCUGUUACCUCAACUUAGGAAUGAUGUGGGGCAGCUUAUUGUGGGCCGAUCCGGAUCGUACCCUGGAGGUGUGCUUGGUAUGGCCUUCGUAGGGACUGUUUGCUCUGUGAGCAGCGGUGGAGGAAUCAAUGUGUAUAGUAACAACAAUCUGCAGUAUUUCUCUACGGUGAUUGCUCAUGAGCUGGGCCAUAACCUGGGAAUGGGUCAUGACAUCACUGGCUGUAGUUGUAAUGGGAGCUGCAUCAUGGCACCUUAUGCCGGAGGAGGGACUAAAUUCAGUAGCUGCAGUGAGAAGAACUUCGAGAGUUUGAUUCAGAGAGGUGGAGGGACGUGUUUGAGGAACCCGCCAUCUCAAGACAACAUCAUCACGGUGCCCAGGUGUGGGAAUGGCGUUCUAGAGAGUGGAGAAGAGUGUGACUGUGGCACACCGCAAGAGUGCAAUAAUAAGUGUUGUGAUGCCGCUACAUGCACCCUCACUAAGGGCUCGGCCUGUGCAACGGGAAGCUGCUGUGAAAACUGUCAGAUCAAUGUGGCCGGCACACCCUGCAGACCGUCCGUCAACCCAUGUGAUCUGCCCGAAUACUGCGGUGGAACAACUCCAUUCUGUCCAUCAGAUUUCUACAUGAUGGACGGCCUCCCGUGUGCCAAUAAUGCAGCCUUCUGCUUUGAGGGCCGUUGCCAGACAUUUGACUACCAGUGCAAACAGCUUUUUGGCUCAGCGGCAACUAAAGCAGAUGAUAAGUGCUUUAGUUAUGUUAAUACUCUUGGCAAUCCGUUUGGGAACUGUGGAUACUCUGGGACUACAGCGAAACCUUGUGACGUCCAAAAUGCUAUGUGUGGAAAAGUCCAGUGUGUAUUCGACAGCAACCACCCACCCCCAGGAGCGACGGUGAGCGUAGUGAAAAUUGACGGAGACAAAAUCACCUGCAUGAAUGCGGACUUCGGCAUGGGCCCAGAUGUGCCAGAUCCGGCCUAUGUCAAAACUGGUUCAGUCUGCGCUUCUGGAAAGGCGUGUUUGGACUUUACAUGUUUGAAUUCUUCAGUUCUGGAUCAGAGUCAGAAAUGUGACUCCCAGAGAAAUUGCAGCAGUAAUGGAGUGUGUAAUGAUAAGUUCCAUUGUCAUUGUAACAAUGGCUGGGCUCCACCCAACUGUGACAGAAGCGGCAGAGGAGGAAGUAUCGACAGCGGCCCUGCGCAGAUCGAUUACUCCCUGAGAGAUGGACUCUUGAUCUUCUUUCUUCUGGUGGUGCCAAUUUUGGUGGUCAUAAUAAUCAUUUUGCUCUACAUAUUCAGAAGAGACUGUUUCAACCGCUGUGUAAAGUGCCGUCCUUCCAAACGCCCAAGGUCAGCGAAUGCAACAAAUGGUCCAUCGACUGUGAAGCCAAAUGUGGAAGCAAACGGCAGAACGACAAGAGUGCCAACCCCACAGUCAAUGACAGAGCCACCUAAUGUAGUGGAUACCUCAGUGACUCACGUAAGACAAGGGCCAGGAGUCCCCAGACCGAUCCCGCCCAGACAGACCCAAGUACCAGUAUGAAGGAGUGAUGUUGCACAGUUGUUGCUUCUCGUAUUGUAUUCUUACUUGACCCACUUUUCCAAAGAUGUCUGCAGCAAACCUCUGAUUGCUCUGAAUUGUAAUCUCCUUUUCUAGAAUUUUAACAGAUGAAGGACCAAUGCUCUUCUGAACUUGUUGGGAAACAUAUGGUGUUUAUAAUUAUUUAAAAAUAUGUUUACAAAGAUUCAUCACUUUCUUUUACUACAGUAAGUGAUGACAGUAUGACUUGGUUGCUAAUAUUUAUUGCUUUUGAAGGAAUAAUUUCCCCUUGAUCAAGCUGCUCCGUAAUCCUGAAUUCAGUUCAGGGAUUGAUUCAGGACCGCAAACUAGAAAUAGUUUUCUAAUUAGGUAAAAUGUAGAAUAAAGCUUUCCUUUUUUAAUGCAACAUUUCUAUUCUGUUAGUUAAAUUAGCUCGUUUAAAAUACUAUGAUUUCAAUCUUAACUGUAACAUUUGUAAUUUUACCCAAGAUAUCUCUAUUUUAUAUGUAUGUCAAAGUGAAAAUAAUAAAGUAUGUUCUAUUUUUAAACUGUUA